AUGUCACGGCACGUUCUGCUCUCACGUUUGGCGGAGCAGUUUCAGUCCUCCUCGCCGCCACCAACACAACGUUUUCCUUCACCAAAUCGCAGCCCCUCGCCUCACUCGCCUGCAUCAACACGGUCACCUCCACACACGCCUGACUCCAUUCCUCAUCACCGGCUAGAUCUUCUGCAACUUGGAGAUAUUGAAAUAGCUGGAAGAGCGCUUAAGCAAUACGCCAGAGCCACUGAACUAGGAGCACUGAUGUACUGCAGUGGAUUAGGUGCAUUGUAUGGAGGUGCAGGCGUAUGGCCGUUGCUGAUGCCAAGAGCUUCGCCACAAUACGCGUUGCCACCGCUGGACCACAUGAGACAUACUCCGCCCAGAGAUGAUGACGAUGAAGAAUUACCGCUCAAUCUUUCGAUGAAAAAUCGCCAGAUUUGGUCGCCUGGAAGCGCUUGUGAACGCGAGAAAAAGGAAACUGAACGCCCAGCAAGCGCUGAGCGCCGCUGCCCAUCGGCUCCCGCAUAUCAAACCUUUCCACCACCGCCUCCACAAACCGGAGACAUAAAUUUUACCGUGCUCCUUAAGAGUGAAAACAGAAAUGAGAAGUCCUUUCAGUGUAAGCAAUGCGGAAAAUGCUUCAAGCGAUCCAGUACACUCUCCACUCAUUUGCUCAUCCACUCGGAUACCAGACCAUACCCUUGCCAGUACUGCGGGAAACGGUUUCACCAAAAAUCUGACAUGAAGAAACACACUUACAUUCAUACAGGAGAGAAGCCACACAAGUGCGUCGUAUGCUCGAAAGCAUUCAGCCAGAGCUCGAAUCUCAUCACGCACAUGCGCAAACACACCGGCUACAAGCCGUUCUCGUGUGGGUUGUGCGACAAGGCGUUCCAGCGCAAAGUGGACUUACGCCGCCAUCGAGAUUCCCAGCACGCGGAGUCCGUGGCCGAAGUGCCCGUCACGACGCUACCAUCGCGCUACAGAUACUAUGGGGACGACUCUCCCACUCCAUUAACCCCAGUCGUUACAAAUUGA